AUGAAACAACCAAUAAAAGCUGGUUACCUCUUCAAUUUUGCCUCUGCUGCUACAAAAAAGAUAUCUGAGUCUGUUGCUGAAACAGCACAGACAAUAAAGAAGUCUGUGGAAGAAGGAAAAAUUGACAGUAUCAUUGAUAAGGAUAAACGGAAUUUUCUGCGGGAUCCUCCAGCAGGUGUGCAGUUUCAUUUUGACUUUGAUCAAAUGUACCCUGUUGCACUGGUCAUGUUACAAGAAGAUGAGCUUCUCAAUAGGAUGAGAUUUGACCUUGUUCCCAAACAUGUAAAGGAGGAAGUGUUCUGGAGAAAUUAUUUCUACAGAGUGUCCCUAAUUAAACAGUCUGCGCAACUCACGGCACUUGCAGCUCAACAGCAAGCAGCAGGAAAGGAGGAGGGCAAAGGCAGAGAAGAGGAUAGUGAACUGAAAGAAACAGUACGGCCAAAAACACCGCCUGUUACAAUAAAGCCUCAAAUAAAAUCACAAGAGGAUGAGGAAGAGAUUUCCACAAGUCCAGGUGUAUCUGAAUUUGUGAGUGAUGCUUUUGAUACCUGUAAUCUGAAUCAGGAAGAUCUAAGAAAAGAAAUGGAACAACUAGUGCUAGACAAAAAGAAAGAGGCUUCAGUAGUAGAAGAAGAAACUGCUGAUUGGGAAAAGGAAUUACAACAAGAGCUUCAAGAGUAUGAGGUGGUGACAGAAUCAGAAAAGCGUGAUGAAAACUGGGAUAAAGAAAUAGAAGAAAUGCUACAAGAAGAAAAUUAA